AUGAUCCUUGUCCGUGGAACUGCUGCUACAUUAGCACUGAGUCGGUCAUUGGCUGCUUGUACAACUACUAUCCAGACGAUCUUGUUCACACGGAAUUAUGGUAUAAAGCCCAAAAGAAUCCAAAUGCCUGUAGACAAGCUCAAAGUACAUGAGACACCAAUUGUAAGGAAUUGUGGGGGAGAUUUCAUGCGUUGGAUAGGACUGGGUAGUCGAUUCCAGAUGUAUUGUUCAUUGCUCUUGUCCGGGUCUCUUGUUUACCAAGCUGAUGCUACUGCCAAUAUAAUGGAGGUUGUGGCAACGAGUGGAGCCAUUUGCAGUGCAUCAGUGACUGUGUUCUUAGGGGCAAAGCGAUUGUGUGACAAGGUGGUUACGGAUAUUGUAUCAUGUCGAAAAUUGGGCGACCCCGACGAGUUUGUGCGGGUGUCGGUGCUGAGUGUUGGAAACAAGGUAGUGCUCGAAGCAUUCCCAAAAGACCUCAAAUUGUUGGAGCAUGAUGGCAAGGACGCGUACAGCUUUGCAUUGGGCGGUCGAAGACUUCAUUUGGAUACGUCGACUGGAGAGUGCUUAAACCGCAAGGCGCUGGGCAUCAUGAUGCAGGGCAGGACGCUUGUUACCAGGAAAGACAAGCAGGGCAAGAAGAAGUUGCGCAGAUAG